GCCCAUCUAAUUAUUAUCAUUCAAGGUACACUCGUUGGGCUCUGGGAAGGAUUUGUACUCUCACAUUUCCUCCAUAAAAAUCCGCGAAAUCCUAAUGAUGCUUAUCUUGCCCUUGCGACUCGGUUCGUUAUCGACUUUUUGCUCACGAACUCGCUAGUUCGUUUUGCCCUCACUGGCGCAUGGACACUCGUUGGGCUCCUCCUUGCUGACGUAGCGCCCAGUGUGUUGCGAGAGACGGGGCUGAGGCAUGUAUACAGGGCGCUAAGGAAAGAUGUCAAAGCCAUGAGGAGAUCCAUGCCACGAUGGAGGAUUGAAAACGAUAUACAGGUCCCAAACAUAUCUAUUUCAAAUCGUGUACCGGAUCUUUUGUCUAGUCCUCCAUCAUCCAGCAUUGUAUCGAGCACGCGUGCUGCCCCGCCAGCUUCCCCAACUCCGAUCCUGCAGAGACGCUCAACAUCAAACUCGCCCUCCAGCCAAGUAACCUCUUCCGUGACGAACACUCUUACGCGUGAAGUUGUUCUAGGACCCUCCCCGGCCCUCAUUCACAUUGAUGUCGACCCUGAAUUUCCUCCUUCUUUCAACCCAGACACACCCUCUCCUCGCUCGUCCCUUCUCUCUAACACGUCUGAUUCUUUAAGGCACGACCAGGCUAUACCGAUUCAAGAUGACGACCGGGUACACACUGCCGUGCCGUCUCACAUGCAAGAACAAGAGCAGGAACAGGGUGCAGACCUCAGCGUGCUCGACUUAACUCCACCCGUAGCUGCAGUCGGAAUAGCAUUCACAUCCAAAAUCAUCUCCCCUACCCCCCGCUCAUAUAUUGAAGGUCUCCCUCUCAUCUCAGAUUCUGAGAUCGAUCUUUCUAUCCAUGCGCCACCAGUUCUACCACUAGAAUCACGUCCUGCUUCCCGUGUAAGGAAUUUAUCAUCCACCUUUGGCGCGGGCAUAUCGAACCAAAACACUGGCACCGGUGUCAGGGAAGUUGGUAAGGACCGAGGCCCUGAUAUUGGGAAAUCACGCACGCCACCUCAUCAACGGGCGAGCUCAGCGGGGGUGUCGGUACAAAAUAAGCCUAUUUCCGGUAAUCAGCCGAAUUCGACAGGACACAGCAGCAAAUGGGAACACUCGAUGCUUCGUCAUCCUGAACAGAUCAUCCUGUCCGAUAGUGCUGCUGGAAUCGGCGGGUUUGCAAUACGGCCAGACGGCCAGACGCCUCAACAUUCCGGCACGCCUCAAGCACAUCCUGGUAGUGACGGUGUGCACAUGAGCUCAGUGCUUGGUUUGAGUACGCCACUCUCCCCGCCCAAGACCCCCGCCACUCUCCCAGACCUAACGCCCGCUUCAGCACCCCAGAUCAAGCCGCCAACGCCAGCGCCCUUCACCAAACCGCCAACGCCAACGCCACCGCCACCCACUAAACCGCUAACGCCAGCGCCAGCGCCACUUACCACACCCGCACCCGCACUUCCAUCCAAGACCCCUACACCACCUGCACCUCUCUCCAGGACCCAUACACCGAUGCCGCCAGCGCCACUAACUAAACCGCCAACGCCAGCGCCACUCACCACACCCACGCCUGCACUUCUAUCCAAGACCCCCACACCUGCACCUCUCUCCAGGACCCAUACACCGAUGCCCACGUCCAAAUCGAGGUGUACAAGCCCAGGUCUCACAUCCACUUCCGUCCGCAACCAUACCGAUUACGACCCUGCGAACCCAAUUCGUCCUAUGCCAGGCCUCAAAUCUCCAUCUACCGAACCAGACCCAAUUUUCCCAGAUGUGGGAGCGCGUAAUGAAUCUACCACGAGGGUGUUUAAUCCGUUAGAUACCAGCGGUGCUGAUAUUUAUGAUGAUCCACCACCACCAUUCAAAGAAUUCGAGUCGCCUGUGCAUCCGCGUGGGGUGAAUUUUGGUGCAGGCAUUGGUGAUGGGAAGCGACCAGGCGAACAGGUCACGGAGGGUUCCAAAGGUCAGGGUGCUGUUGCCAAGCCGCCAGCUGCCGAGGGUGAUGCGAAAGGAGAAGAGCAGGAUAAGGUCUCCAAAGGGGAAGGAGAAGAGGCAAUUACAAACACGAAUAUCGGAGAUGCGGAUGGCGUGGGUGGACAAGACUCCGGUGAGGAUACCAAAGGGAACAUUGAGACUUCAAACGCUGGGGACAAUGCCCGAGGUGCGGAUAGCCCGAACCGAGAGGAUUGUGCUCGAGAGAACGGCAAGGAUAGUCAAGAGCCAGAAAAUAGUGAACAAGGUAAUCAGGGACCGGUCGAUGAUAGUCAAGUUGCCAACCUUGCAAGUGGUGAUACCCAAGUCGCAGGCGAUGAUUCCCAAGAUACAGGUAUGUGUGUCCACUAAGGCGAUUUGAACUAAGCCAAAGCUUUACCUCCAGACUCUGGCCCCAAACCAGAGCCGACGCGUCUCACUCCUGCCCAAGAAGAGGCUGAAACCCACCGCCAUGCCUUCCUACUUAAAGAAGUGACCCGACUCGAGGAAUCACGCAAACGGGAGAUAAUGGACUCUUCUGAUGAUCAGUGCCCUUCUGAGAUUCAGGCUCGUCUGAGUGCCGUGAAAGCAAGAAUUUCAAGGAUCAUUUUCGCUGGUACGUUCGUGUUCCGUAGAUCUCGCACUGUCUUGCUUACUAUA